AUUUGGCGACACUGAUCCUGUCCUUUUACUCAGACUAAACAAGUGUGUAUGUUGGAAUGUGUUGGAUUGACGACUUGGACUCAACUUUCUACUAAUUUGCUCUGGCAUCAUGGUUCGAUGCCAAUGAAUCCCGGGGGCUGCCCUAGCCUAAUUUCAUUACAAAUCCUGAAUGAAAGAGAUGCGAUCCACCCGACAUACCCCAUUGUCAGAGCGGUCAAAACGCUUGAGAACAAGGUCAUCGCCAAAAAGCCACGGCAAUCGAUCCUUGUCAGAGGAGUCUCUCAAAUCAACCAGAUCCCGAAAUUUAACAACCAUGGAGGCCCGUCAAGCAGAUAGAAAAAGAAAGAGAAAAACACCCUCAGGUCAUUCCAGUAAACAAAGCAGCUCCAAGAAGCGUGACUUUGACAAUUCGGAUAGUACUGACAUUAACACCUCGGACGAAACAGAUAACGAAGAAUCCAGUGAUCAAACGCGACCUAGUGUACCCCGUCGAAAUAGUGAAUCUAACGCCAAUAUGAUGGACCUGAUUGCGUUGGAGAGUCGGAUUCACGAACAAAUCAGUAACACUGUUCGGGUCAUAUACCAAGGCCCAGGUACAAUGGCUAUGGAUAAGAUCCGGAAGAUCCCUACUCUUCACCCUCAAAUGGAGUCGAGUAAGAUUGCCAGGAUUUUUCUCUCUUACUUUUACAUCUUGAAGUUCGACUCCCCUCGUGCCUGUCAAGAGUACAUGAGCCACGUGGCUCAAAACGAACCGGAAAAGGAAGUGACACUCUAUUGUGCCACGUGUGCAUUUAACCGACCCGGUAUGCUCGAUGCUCACCGUACUAAAGAAUGCAAGAGUGGAGCCAAAGGUGAUCUCAACCGAAUCUGCAAGCUCUCUUAUGCUAAUUUCAUCGAUUGCACAAGUUUAAACACAGACGCUGUCCUUCUUGUGCGCCAAGUCAAACCGGUCGAAGUUCACGAGCUCGAAGCUUUGAUGGCACAGAACCCGAAUAUUACCAAUAUCAUGUCUGAUAAAGUAUUCUAUAUUGAAGCUGUGACGAAUAGCUACGCCAAGUUUUUAGUCAAACUUCUGAAUGGGUGUGAGAAGCAUCGCUUUGGAGACUCGGCUUGUCUUGGAGCUCAACUAUUCCCUACUGCUUGUGGAUCCUUCACAAACUUUAACGAUGUCUCGAUGAUCAGGCAUACUUCGCCUAUGGAAGAGCGGAAGCGUUUAUGCCAAAAGCUUCAGCAAAUUGAUCUUACCAAAGGCACCAACAGAGAUCACUGUCUAAUCAUAUUGGGUUCGGUUGUUAAAUCAAUGACCAAGUUACUAUUCCGGGACUAUGUCAAACGGAUCAUGGGAUCCAAGUGUACGGCUGUUUUGUGUCAUACAUCUACAAGUAAGAUUCGUCGGAAUUCUGAUUAUGACGCGUUCUGUUUGGCUCUAUUCAAGUCGCCUGAGGAUGCACAAUAUGCUAUCAAGGUUGCUCAGUUUCAUCAUUUGAUGGGCCACCAUGUAAACAUUAACCUUUUGAAUGUGUUUAUGAAUAUGUCGAUCGAAGUCCAAAAGAGUGGAACAAAGCUGACAUCUUCCAAGCCAAGUAUUGCAAUCGAUGGCCCCUCUAGUCAUGCUGAACGAGUGACAGAACGACUCAAUAUGGAGUUUCAAGGUCGCCAAUCAAAGGAGAGAAAACAGAGCAUUUCACGAAAACGUCCCCAUGAAUCCCCAAACGGUUUAGAUAAGCUAUGUCCGUCCAAGCAAUUGCCUUCCAACAAGGAUGACAUGGAUCAGACAAACCCAGUGGUGCCCAUCGCAACUUCAACGUCCACUUCGGUUGCACAAAAGUAUCCGAUCCAAGCGCUUGAUCUGACCUCUAGCUUCAACGACACACCGUUGACAAUUAGUGAACCGAUUCCUCCCCCUUUGGUGUCGGAUAACUGUGUGCAACAGGAUCCUUUGGAGCAAAUCAGAACGAAAUCAUUCGCUGACGUGCCACCUUUGAUUAAAAGUGCAACUUUAGCAACUUGCAGUUUCUGCUUCAAGCAUGAUUCUACCUUAAAGACAAUCAAAGAAUUGGGCCUUUGUAGUGGUGAAGUUGAGAAGCUUCAGAAAGUUCUUCAUGAAAACGAAAAGACCUCAUUGAUCAUGCAUUCCUCAUCUGAGAUGUGCUCGACUUGUUCUAAAUUUGUUGGUAUGCUAUGUAAGAAAGAGUUGGCUUUGAGCGAGUCCCUCAGGACACACCAAUUGGUCCAACAAGACUUGAAGACAGAAAAGGAAUUGAAGCUCCGUGUGUUUCAGACCAUCAAAGAUGACCAUUCCAAAGAGGUAAAAGCACUAAAAGAUGAUCUAGUCAGUGCCCUGGCCAAUUCGACGGCCUCUGAAUUAGCCUUGAAUACCUUGAAGGAAGAAGUUCAAAAACAAAAGAAGAUAUCAGCGUCGCCGUUAUUUCCUGAAUUCACCAUCAAAUUGAAGAAACUCGAUGAAAGUGUCUUGAAUCCAAGGGAUCUUGCCCUGCUCAGGCGGCCUAAAGAGCCUAAACCAAGUGCUGGUGGUCCGAAGGAAAAAGGAUAUAAGCGUGAUCUGGCCAAUGCUCGGGCCGAGUUGAACUCCAUGAAGGAUUCAUUGAAGAUUGUCAAAUCAGAGGCGGAUGAGAAGGACAAAGAGAUUGCCAGAUUAAAAGCCGACCUUGAAAAACGGAACCAAAUCAAAGAAGAAAGAAAUUUUGCCAAUUUCAAAUCCACGAUUGAUCCCGAGGAAAGGUUGAAACACUUAAAGAAGAGGCUGCAAGACGAGAUGCGAGCCAAAAUUGAAAACAUCAAAAAGUUCGACCAAACUUUAAGAGGCCAGAAAGAAGCUCUAGAAUCAAUGGAACGAAGCCAAAAGGCCAAAGACGAGGAAAUAGAGAAGCUCAAAGGCUCGCUUGCCGAGUCAAUGAAGAUCAAUGAAGAAAGUAAGAAGGCUGUGGACGACUUAACUCAGAAACAAGGUGAAGUUCAAUCUUUUCUCCUAGAGCUGGGUUCAGAUUCCCUAGCGUCUGCAAAGGAGACAUUCCAGAAGAAUGCCAAGGCUAAAGAAGCCAUGGAAUCACGUUUUCAGGCUGUGUCAAAGGCGGCGACAGAGAAUCAAACUCAAAUUAGUUCUUUGAACUCGCAAAUCGAGCAGCAGAAUAGAAAAGUGAUCUCCCUUCAAAGAUCCUCAAAUGAGCAUCAAUCCAUCGUCAAUCGGAUGAUUUCCAUUAUUUCUGCCGUGGGAAAUGGCCCUGAGCUUGAAAAAGAAAAGGGAUUGUCAGAGAGUCUGAAGGCCUUGGAAAUUUACGUGGAGGAAGCCAUGAAGAAACUCGGAGACCUACAAACGGAAUUAGAAAAAAGUCAAUCGCUCAAUACUGACUUGGACAAACGCUUACAACUAGCUGAGGAGGUGAAGAAAGACCUUGCGCAACUUCAAAACGUCAGAAAGGAAUUAGAAGAGGCUCUCCAGAAGAAAGGAAGCGAAGUGCAAGAGUUACAGACUCAGAUGCAAUCGCUGAAAGUAGCCUUGGACGAGGCCAAAACUCAGAGAGGCGUUGACCAAGCCAAAGAGUCGGUCAAUGAAAACAAAAGGAUGAAACUGGAGAAAGAAGUUAACUCGCUGAAAGGUAUUUUGACAAAAACCGACAAGGACAAUCUAAAAGCUAAAUCUCAACUCAAUGAAGCUCAAUCUGAGCUCCGAGAGGCUAAACAAAAUCUAGCGUUAAACCAAGGAAGACUAACCAGUCUUCAGAAGGAGGUCGAUGAAGGUAACAACCUGAAAGUCAAAUAUCGACAAAAAGUCAAUGAGCUUCAAGAAGCUCAGAAGGAGUUGGCACGUGUCAGAGGCCAGUCAGAUCCUCAAACGCAAUUGAUACUCACUCUAAAAGGACGAAUCCGAGAACUCGCGGAUGAGUUGAACAAUGCCAAUCAGAACAUUCACGACCUAGAAAUAACGGUAAGGACUCUUCACAACAUGACCAAACAACCCGCCCCAAAGCCAUCAUCAACGCCGCAGGACUACGGACUAACACGUCCGUUGCUCCAUGAUGGGACACCUAGACCCCAAAUGACAGACAGAAGGGCUUCGUACGAGGACUUCCCUGCCGUUACUUCGUCAGCGCCAACCCGCACUUCAAUGCCACGAGUAGAGCAACAGAAUUUUCCUCAGACCUCACCUAGACCCCAAACGCAAACGACUCAGCCGACUCAGCCGACUGCUACCAACCCCCCUCAGCGGGGUAGGAUGCAGUCAAGUGACCCUCAUUGGGUGCAAAAUCUGUCUCCAGAAGAUCGUGCUAUUUGCAGAGAUAUUCGACUUGGGGUCAUAGGUGCGUUUGACGAACUGACCGGAAAAUUGGACGGCAUUAGCCGGGAGGCCAAGCAAGGGAUCUUUGAUUCGCUCUAUAACAACGUCACUCAGGUAGAUCCCCGUUUCUUGAAGAAGACUCAUUUGGUCCGGAUGGUUCUCAAUGAUGUUAUAUUCGAGAACAACCCACCUACGCCAGUGCAACGAGUCAGCCAACAAGCUCCUGGGCCAUCCAGGUCAGAACCACCCAAAAUGUCCAAUGCUAUGAUGAACGCCCCUCCAACCACCAACCGACUGCGACCCAUUCGACCGCGGACGGAUUUGUUUCAUAGCCCUACCAUUUCUGCUGUAUUGCAACAGCAGCAACAGCAGCAACAACAACAACAACAACAACAGCCAGGAGCUCCGCAAGUCCUUAUUGCCAUUAAUCAAGCUCAUAUUCCGCCUCAAUCAAGUCCAGGAAGUUCUGGAUUUUCUCAAAAUGGAACUAGAUCAACAGCGCCUAGAGGAAGUAACUAAGUUGUAAGAAGAAAACGAAGUACUUGAUGCAAUGUGUUAAAUUCAAAUUGUACACUCACUGAUUCUGUCGAAGUGAAUCCUAAAUUGAGUGUGACCCUUGAGUCAUCACCCCGCAAUUUUUUUGUCCUUCUGAUGAUCUGAUUCAUCUAGAAAUAAAAGUGGAAUAGUAUGUGA